AUGGCACCUACACCUUGUGUUCGGUGUCAGAACAACCGAGCUGUUGUAAAGCGACCCAAGAACCAUCACAAGCUAUGCCGAGACUGCUUCAUCAGAGUGUUCGAGGACGAAGUCCAUCACACAAUCACAUCAUCAGACCUCUUCUUUCCGGGUGAACGAGUUGCUAUUGGUGCUUCAGGUGGCAAGGAUUCAACAGUGCUGGCUUCUGUAAUGAAGACUUUGAAUGAACGACACAACUAUGGACUUGACCUAGUACUUUUGAGUGUCGACGAGGGCAUCAAGGGAUAUCGGGACGACUCCCUAGAGACAGUCAAGCGAAAUGCUGUUCAAUACGACAUGCCCCUGGAAAUUGUUGGUUACGAUGAACUGUACGGAUGGACCAUGGACCAAGUUGUCGAGACUAUCGGAAAGAAGGGAAACUGCACAUAUUGUGGUGUUUUCAGACGACAGGCCCUCGACCGAGGAGCUAAAAAGCUGGCCAUUCAGCAUGUCAUCACUGGUCACAACGCUGACGAUGUUGCCGAGACCGUUCUCAUGAACUUGCUACGAGGCGACAUGCCACGCUUAUCCCGAAGUACCAGUAUUGUUACUGGAAAUGCAAGCAGUGAGGUCAAGAGAAGCAAGCCUCUCAAGUAUGCAUACGAGAAGGAGAUCGUACUUUACGCACAUCACAAGAAGCUGGACUACUUCAGCACAGAGUGUAUUUACAGCCCCGAGGCUUUCAGGGGAACCGCGCGUGGACUUAUCAAGAAUCUGGAGAAAGUGCGGCCAACUGCAAUUCUCGAUAUUGUACGAAGUGGAGAGGACAUGGCUCGACUUACACCAGACAAAGGCCAAGCUGCGUGUGGCUGCGACGAAGGCGAGGGACUCGGAGGUUGCGGAUCAGCCAACGGGCGGACUUCUGGUAAUGAGAUGGCCCAGGUCGAGGCCAGCCUGAAGAAAAAGCACGAGUCUGCAGCUCUCGAGACAGAGAUCACAUCCAAUGGAGCACCUAAGGACGACAUAGUUGCCUUGCCAAUAAGGACCAAGAAGCAAAAGGAGGCACCUGCACCAAAACAAAACCUAGGGAAAUGUGUCAAAUGUGGUUACAUGUCGAGUCAGACCAUGUGCCAGGCUUGCACAUUGUUGGAGGGUCUAAAUAAGAAUAGAGCAGAGAUAGCGAUAUAA